GGGCAGCAGGGGCUGAUGGGAGCUUUGAGGAGCCGUUAGAAACCACGUGGUCCUCGUCUGAUCUCACAGCUCGUCCUUGUUUGGCCUCAGCUGCAUCAGAGCUCCACUUCUCCCCAGGUUCACCAGAGGAAACACCACUGCACAAAAUGCUUUUCCUCCCAGCUGCUGCUCUGUGCUGUCUGUGUUCAGCGCUGGCUGCCAUGGCAACACAGCUGAGGGUGGAUGAUUUAACUCUGACCAGCAGAGAAGGUCAGAGCGUCUCCUUCAGCUGUGGAGGAAUGGAUCUAUGUAAUAACAGUGGAAAGGUUUACUGGUUCCAGAAGAAGGAAACAUUUAAAGCAAUAUUUUACAUAAACAAAAAUACUAAGGAACUCAAAGAAGAUUUUAAUCAUCCCCAGUUAGAGGACUUUUCAGUCCAAAUUACUGAGAACAGCUGUGAGCUUAAGAUAGACCAAGUUACACUUAACCAUUCAGCCUCCUACUUCUGCUGCUGCUACAUUAAGGUUUCCACAUCAGUGUUUCAUGUAGCUGACAGUGAAAAACUGAAUAUAAUAAGACCAGAAAACAGCAGACAGGUUUUUGGAGCCGUCUUUCUCACUGUGUGGAUGAGUGAUGGCCGUACCUAUGGGCACCCCUUGUUUGGUUCUGGAACCAAACUGUAUGUAACAGAUGAGAAGGUAGUGAAGCCCGUGGUGAGCGUGUACCCAGCAGCAUCCAGAGCCCACCUGGAGGGGAAGAGCUCCCUGCUGUGUCUGGCCUCAGACAUGUUUCCUCCUCUGGUCCAGAUCUCCUGGAAAAGACAGAAGAAGGACGGUGAUCUGGAGGAUCUGCCCCCUGUUGAGGGAGAGCAGCUGGAGCUCAGAGAGUCGGGUCGCACCGCCUCCAUCUUACUGGUCCAUCGGCAGGAGAACGGCUCAUCUAAAUACAGCUGCUCUGUCCAGCAUGAGGGAGGCAGAGUGGAGGCCCAAACACUACAAGAGCUUCCAGCUCCAGCAGCCUCCUGUCCUCCAGAGAGACCAGACCUGGCAGCUCUGCAGCAAGCUGACUUGUCCUUCCAGUCUCAGUGCAGGGUGAAGCUGCUCUGCCUGCUCUACACGGUGCUGAUAGUGAAGAGUCUGGUGUACUGCUGUGGACUCUCUCUGCUGAUGAUGCUCAGAACCAAGGGACCGUCCACCAUCUGAACACCUGCUGACUCACUGUUUUCUCUCCAACUUUUCUUCCUCUCAUCGUUGUUUUGCUGCAGUUUAGUCGGCUUUAAAACUUUGUGGUUGGUUGCAGAAAAGAUGAUGACAUGUUUCUGUCAUGCAGUGUCAUUUCUAACAUCUAUUUCCUUUCAUUGUUUGUCUGAGCUUGUAAUUGCUCCCUGCUGAACUGUAUUAUUUAAUGACCUAAUUAUUAAUCCUCACUGAAAAUGAUUUAUUCAUGUUUAAUUUAAUGUGAGAUAAACAUCACUUCUGAGCUCCUUCACAUUUAUAAAGUAAGAUUUUCUUAACAAAUUGAACAAACAGCAGAACCAGCUGCUUUUAAAGAAUCAGAAUCAUUUCCAGCAGAGUUUUGACUUUAACAAAAGUUUUGUUUUGAACAGAUUUUUCCCAGAAGAGUCGGCUGUUUUGCCCAAAAGAAACCACAUUUAUUUUGCAACUAAAUUAUGAAAUAGAAAAAGAUUCUUUGAGAAAACUUUAUCUUGCUUUCUUUUGUAAUUUUUGUGUUUCUAAGGUGCAAAUCCUAUGAUUUGGUCUAAAUGUUCUUGUUAUUUCUGCAGCAUGUAAUGUUUUAUUUUACUUGGUUUUAUAAGUCAGUUGGAUUUAGGAGAACACUGAGAAUAAAUGAUGAUGGUUCUCU